AUGAAGCAUCGAAACCCCAAACCACAAACCCUAAACCCUAAACUCCUGAGCCCCCAGGUGCUGGGGGAGGAGAGCCGUCGCCUGGCCCUGCUCACCCAGGGCCUACCCUCAUUGCCGCUGCUGUUCCUGUUCCUGUUGAGCAUGCGAGUCUUCGCACAUGCUGCAGCUCUGACAGAGAAGUGCCGGUCUAUCCCGGCUUUCGUGAACCAAAUACCGACGCAAGGGUGUUGUGACCCCAGUCGGCAGUACUUGGUGCACUUCAUCGCCGACAGCGCUGCUGGCUUCACAGUGCUCAACAUGAAGGUGACGGCAGAGAUGCUGGUGAGGCAAGCCUCGUUCUUUUCCAGCGUUCUCUCCUGCCUGCUCGGCGUGUUGUCCACGCUCCUCUGA